AUGACGACCAGACGGAUUGUCAACGAGGAGAAGUCGUCUCUAGACUACGAUGGGAAGGGCGCUCCCGAGCCGUCCAAUACCUCUCCAGCAGUGCCAUCAUCGGUUAUCUGGAAGUUGAUGAGCUUCACCUUUGCCAUGAUCACGCUGCCUAUCGGCACGUACUUCUUCACUGUCAACUUUGUCUUCCAGGGCAACGCAACAUGGGCGGGUGGUUUGGCAGCACUCAUGGCAAAUGUUGUCUUGAUCGCAUACGUUGUCAUGGCAUUCAAGGAUGACCAGGAAGAGAUGCGGGAGGAAGCGGAAAAGUCCAAGAAGAAGUUGUGAUUCUUGCUGGUGCAUGGAAACCAGGGUUGCAAUGCAUGCUAGGGGAAGCCAUUCCAAGGAGCUUGUUCUUGCGAGUUGUACUAUGAGUACCAGAAUCUACUUUAAAGAUACACACAAACUUCUGUGUCACGUCUCACGAAAACGAGCUCCUUGUUAUGGAAAUACAAUAGGAGACUUAGUGUGAGAUCAUCACGGCAUCACCACAAUCAGAUGAAAAUGUCAAUGUUGCUC